AACCGAGCACUAGUGUGUCAACCCGUCUGAAGCCCGUCUCCCAUUGAGGAAUACUGGAUGUUUCACCCGAAUGUUUUACCCGCUCGUCGGCUUUGCUUUUUCUUGUCACCGCGCACGACCGAAGAGGGGAUUUUAUUUCGACAACACAGGCCACAUCCCCACUUCUGAGGCAUCAACUUGAUUUACCUCCUACAGCCAUGUGCUUCAUGGCAUUGCCAUGUGGACGGUAACUUGAUCUCCCAUCGUUUGCCCGUUUGGCCAAUCCCAUGUCUGAAGAUAGUGAUCCAAAACACUACCGGUAUUCAACCAUGGAUGGGCGUGAACGGAACCGGGAGAGAGUCGGCUUCCAAGUGGAGGAAGAGCAGGGUGCUGCCUGCAGCUCCAUCAGUCAGCUUCACCGCAUGGCCAGCAGCUACAACGAGGACUGUGGAGGGCAGGACGGAGUUGAGCUUGAGCCAGAGCUGGGACUGGCCUCUGAGGGGAGCGACAGCAGCCAUGAACACCCGGCCUCGCCGGGCUCCCCACACGAUGAGCGGAAGCGACAACGCCAACCUUUACACGAGGAUGUAGAGAUGGGUGGCAGCGGCUCGAGUGGGAGUGGGACCGAGUCCCAUGGCAACGAGUCGCAUGGCAAUGACUCCCAUGGCAAUGAGUCUGUGGGCAGCUCGAAUGGAAACGGCAAGGAUUCUGCUCUCUUGGAGUCUUCAGGGAGCAACAAGAGCUCCAACUCUCACAGCCCGUCGCCACCGAGCAGCUCCAACGCCUUCAGUCUGGUCAGCUCUGAGCAGGACAACCCUUCAACCAGCGGCUGCAGCAGCGAACAGUCCGCCAAAGCGAAGACACAGAAGGAGCUCUUCAAGACCCUCAAGGAGCUGAAGAUGCACUUGCCGUCAGAAAAGAGGAGCAAGGGCAAGUCCAGCACCGUCAACACGCUCAAGUAUGCACUACGAUGUGUCAAACAGGUGAAAGCCAACGAGGAAUACUACCAGAUGCUGAUGAUCAAUGACAGUCAGCCACCAGGGUUAGAUGUGUCAUCUUACACCAUCGAGGAAAUCAACAGCAUCACCUCAGAAUACACCCUAAAAAACACUGAUAUUUUUGCUGUAGCCGUGUCACUCAUCACGGGAAAGAUUGUUUACAUCUCGGACCAAGCGUCGUCCAUCUUGAACUGCAAGCAGGAAGUGUUCCACAACGCCAAGUUUGUGGAGUUCCUGACGCCUCAGGAUGUCAGCGUGUUUUACAGCUUCACCACACCCUACCGCCUGCCCUCAUGGAGCAUGUGCACCGGAGCAGAGUCGUCUCCCACGGAGUGCAUGCAGGAGAAAUCCUUCUUUUGCCGCAUCAGUGGUGGUAAGGAGCGUGAAGGGGAUCUCCAGUACUAUCCUUUCCGUAUGACUCCGUACCUGAUGAAGGUGCAGGAUGCCGAGUUGGGUGAGGACCAGUUCUGCUGCCUCCUGCUGGCUGAGAGGGUUCACUCUGGAUAUGAAGCACCCAGAAUCCCUCCAGACAAGCGCAUCUUCACCACCACACACACCCCAAACUGUGUGUUCCAGGAUGUGGAUGAGAGGGCUGUGCCUCUGUUGGGGUACCUCCCUCAGGACCUGAUUGGGACUCCUGUGCUGCUCAAUCUGCACCCAAGUGACCGACCCUUAAUGCUGGCCAUACAUCGAAAGAUCUUGCAGUACGCCGGUCAACCGUUCGACCAUUCCUCGAUCCGCUUCUGUGCAAGAAAUGGCGAGUACAUCACCAUCGACACCAGCUGGUCCAGCUUCGUCAACCCCUGGAGCCGCAAGGUCUCCUUUGUUAUCGGCAGACACAAAGUCCGCAUGGGUCCUGUGAACGAGGACGUUUUUGCAGCGCCGGCUUUUCAUGGAGGAAAGAUCAUGGAUUCAGACAUCCAGGAAAUUAGUGAACAGAUCCACAGACUGCUCCUCCAGCCGAUUCACAACAUGGGCUCCAGUGGUUAUGGUAGCCAUGGCAGCAAUGGUUCUCACGAGCAACUGGUGAGCAUCGGCUCAUCCAGUGAGAGCAAUGGCAACCUCCCGGCGGGGAACACUGCAGAGGAGACGAGCAAGGCCAAGCCUCCCAGGACUUUCCAGGAGAUUUGUAAGGGGGUCCACAUGCUGAAGAACCAAGACUCUCAGGUCUGCCUGCGCUCCCCUUCGACUUCACCGUCACCAUCCAAGCCUGAGCACAAGAAGGCCACCGACACUCAGAGGAGCUUAUCAGUGCGUAUGAAGGACUCAGCACCCCCUCUGCAGGCCAGAGACAGCACUGCAGCCAGCAUGGAGGACUUCACCUGCAAGGACCAGACUGUCUGCUCCUACCAGCAGAUCAGCUGCCUCGACAGCGUCAUCCGGUAUCUGGAGAGUUGUAACAUCCCCAUCACAGUGAAAAGGAAGUACCAGUUCUCCUCCAACACCACCUCCUCCAACUCAGAUGAUGACAAGAAGGGCUCAGAGGACUGCAUGCAAGUGCCUCAAGAUGCAAACACAGAUCCCUUGAUGCUAGAAGCCAGGCCAGGCCUGUCGAACAUGAAAGCCCCAAAGAAGCCUCCAUCUGGGGCAGCUGCGGUGGUUGGAGGCCCCCUGGCACCCCUCACUCUGCCCAGUAAAGCUGAGAGUGUGGUGUCCAUCACCUCACAGUGCAGCUACAGCAGCACCAUCGUCCAUGUGGGAGACAAGAAGCCUCAGCCAGAGUCGGAGAUUAUCGAGGAUGUUGCAGAGAGCCCCGCGCCGCCUCCUCUGCCCGUCAGCAUGGUGUCGCCACCCAGCCAAGAGAAGGAGGCCUACAAGAGGCUGGGACUGACCAAGCAGGUGCUGGCAGCUCACACCCAGAAAGAAGAGCAGGCCUUCCUGAACCGCUGCCGAGAGCUCCGCAACGCUAGAACCUUCCAGAAGGACUGUUCCACGUAUCUGCACAAGCAGAAAGGCCCGUCCCAUGCUGAAGAAUCAUCCGGACCACGCGGCGCUGCCAAACAAGGCCCCACCAGGCCAGAGACCACUGCCAAAAAGGGCAACCGCAACAGGAAGUCCAAGAAGCCACGGAUGAAGCAUCCUGAUUCAUCAGACAGCGCUGUGUACAACCGCAAACCCCGGCCCCCUCUCCAGGGCCUCAACCAGACCUCAUGGUCCCCGUCUGAAGCGUCCCAGUCAGCUUUCAACGUCUCCUACCCCACCAUGGUGCCUGCAUACUCGCUCUACCCGCCAGCAGCUGCUGCUCCAGCCCAGGCGCCCCGCCCUGACCCUUCUCUCUCCGCAGGCUUUGGAGAGGGCCAGAGCACACAAGCCCCAACCACUGCCACUCCGUAUUCUGCUCCCAUUGUUACUCCUGUGGUGGCUCUGGUGUUGCCCAAUUACCUCUUCCCCCAAAUGGGGCAGAUAGGGCAGAUCGGGCAGAUCGGGCAGAUUGGGCAGAUUGGGCAGAUCGGGCAGUUAGGGCAGAUUGGGCAGAUCGGGCAGAUCGGGCAGCUGGGAGCUGCUCCUAGAGCCUCAUUUUUCCCUGAGCCAGCCCAGACACAACCUGCAUACACUACCCAGCAACCUUUUCAGGCCCCACAGCCAGCUUAUGCCAUGCAGACACAACCCCCCUUCACCAGCCAACAGCCCUUCCCUGUGCAGACUGCCUUUACCCCCCAGCAGCCAACCCCCUACACGACCCAGCAACCUUUCCAGGCCGCUCAGACUGCUUACACCACUCAGCAGCCGUUUGCUGCCCAGCCUUCUUUCCCAGUGCAGACUCAGUUUGUGGCUCAAGCCCCUUAUCCAACCCAGCCCUUCCCCUACACCCUAGCCUCCGAGCCUCCCAAAGCCCCCACUCUGGAGCCCCGAGAGGGCGCCGCAUCACGGUCCUCCACCCCAGCCUCCGGGACGAGGGAGCCCGCCACAUCACCGCCGCUGUUUGAGUCGCGCUGCAGCUCACCUCUGCAGCUCAAUCUGCUGAGCAUGGAGGAGGGGCAGCGCUCGGUGGAGCGCCAGGACAGCAUAGCGCCCUCCGCUGGAGGCCAGGGCAGCAUUUCAGCAGCAUUGUCAUUCGGAGCAGGGGAGAAGAACGGAACCACCAUCAAGAGCGACAUUCAUCAACAGGUGGACUCUCCAGCUGACGGAGCUCAUAGCGAUGGUAACUCCUCAUCCUGUGACCUGCUGGACAUCCUGCUGCAGGAGCAGGAGGACUCCCACUCUGGCACCGGGUCAGCCACCUCUGGCUCCAUGGGCUCAGGAUCGGGCUCUGGAUCGGGUUCAAGAUCGGGCUCAAGAUCGGGCUCGGGCUGCAACGGCUGUGGCACCUCAGCUAGUGGAGCCUCUGGCAGCAGAAUAGGGAGCAGCAACACCAGCAAGUAUUUUGGCAGCGUUGACUCUCUGGAGCACGACCCCAAGGCCAAGCUCAAGAUGAGGGGCGAAGGAGGCUCUGAAAGCAGCAAGUUGCACGCCGAAGUCUCAGCUCAAGGAGAUGGAGAUCAUUUCAUCAAAUAUGUUCUCCAGGAACCUCUGUGGCUGCUGAUGGCCAACGCUGACGACAAGGUCAUGAUGACGUAUCAGAUGCCGUCCAGGGACAUUCAAAAGGUUCUGCGAGAAGACAAGGAGAGAUUGCGGCAGAUGCAGAAGAGCCAGCCGAGCUUCUCCUCAGACCAGCGACGAGAGUUACUGGAGGAACACCCCUGGAUGAGGAGGGGAGGUCUGCCAGCUGCUAUCAAUGUGAAGGAGUGUGUGUACUGCGAGGACGCAGCGGCGACGCCCAUCGAGGAGGACAUGCCAGACAUGGACAUGGGCGAGUUGGGCGAGGAGCUGGGCCAAGAGGGCCAGAACACCCAGAGCCAAUCCGAGGAGUCUCAGCCUCAGCCGGACUCUGGCUCUUGAACACUCAGACGGCCAACAGCGGGACGCAACCGACCAGCCAUGGACCCUCAUGAGGCACACAUCCACACACCCCCACACACACACUCUCUGGAUAUGGGACAAUCAGCUGUGUGCCUGACCAUCCUGACAAACACACACAUACACACAACAAACAGACGGCCGUGUUGUCGGCGUGAUGGUUGUGAGGACAUGUUUCUAUGUGUGUUUGUCAUGGGACUGCGACUGGAGUGCAGUUCCUAAUGCACCCUGACAGGGGGCAGUAGUGCUUUACAUGGGUUUUCUAUGCAUGACCCACAUGGAGUACUUUUACCAUCUUACACACUCUCUCUCUCUCUCUCUCUGUCACUAAAAUGACUUUUUUUUUCUUUGUUAAUUUAAUUAUUUCCCUUCCUCUCUGUCCAAGACAGCAUUUAUUCUAAAAGAGACAAAGUUAAUGGUAAAUGGACAUCUUAUAAACAACUUCUAAAUAUAUUUGAUUUGUAAAAAUGGUAUUUUGACAAGAUAACUGUCACGAGACUAUUUAACGAUGUUAUUACUAAGCAGCCCAGCUUUGCUGUUACAAUACUCUGCUGCCCAACGUCAUCUUAGUGUUUUCCUCAUUAACCACAUGAUCCCAUUGAAGGCCUUCAAACCCUGAGAACCCAGUUGUUUUCCCAUCAGGAACAUGUAGAGUAGUCAUGGUGCUCAUUGGAUGAUGUAGGCCAGGUUCAAAAGACAGGGACUCCAACUUUUUUACGAGGUUUUUUUUAAUCUCACAACUCGGACCUAUCUGAAGUAUCCAGCAGCCGACAGAAUGACAUGUAACGUGGCUUCAGCUUUUAUCGAUGGUGACAAUCUGAUAGAUAAAAAAAAAAGCUUCUUAUUUUAGUAUCUUAUUUAUUUACUAGCAGAGAAUUUAUCUAGAGUAGUUUUUUUUAAGCCAAAGCCAAAUCAGUUCAUCUAAAAGAUAAUAUAUUAAUACUUCACAAAUUUUGCAGGACAUUUAAUGGCACCAGAGCUCGCUGUCCGUUAACAGUAUAACCUCCCAGUGUUGUCUGUUGUUGCAGACCUGGAAACAGCACGGGUGCUACAAUCACCUCACCUCAGACCAAGAAGCUGCCGAAUGAUUUUUUGUAAUGUAAAAUAAUAAGCAUCAGAAAAUUGAAGAAAGCAACUUGAGGCUGCAAAUCCAGCUCAGAGCUGAAGCAGUGCGUGUAGUUAAUUAGAGCCGUUGGAUUUUCUUUUUCACCUGCAAGUUGCACCAUGAAGUGAAACGCUGAGUUUCCUUUUUAACAGAAAGUUUUAUCAGUAGAAAUUACAGAUUAUUGUAAUACGGUGCAGCUCUACAAUGAAACAUCCCUUUUAGAACAAAUCAGUGCUAUUUUGGGGAUUUUUUUUUAAAUUAUGCAACAUUGCACAGGCUCCACUUGCACCCUUUAAAUCUAUUUUUCUGGAUUCAAAAAAUGUACAGUACUGGCAUGUUUUAGUUGCCAUCAAAAAGAUUCCGAAUCACGAGUCUCUGCAGGCGUGUGCGCAGCAACACGGAUCCUCUGAGUACUGUGAAAGCUGUUGGUCAGAGCAACGAGUGACACUGAGGUCAGUAUCGAGCAUCACGGUGGGAAAACAGCACAACAAGUGUAGCAAAACAGGGGAUGGUGUUUCCUCGGUAACCUCCCAGAGACAGCAGGGUUACUCAGGUCCCAGGUGGUCGUAGAAGCAUCAGCAGCCGUGCACGCCCCUCAGCAUCCGACUUAAAGUAUUAAGGAAACUGUGAUCCGCGUGUAGUGGAGGUAAACGGUGUGAGAACUGGGAACAACUCUGGUGCUACGGCAGAGAACCUGCUGGGGAAGGGCUUGUGAAUGUAACACAGACUGGACCAAGAGCAUCUCACUGACUUAGUUUGUCUUCAUGAACUCUUUCUUUUUUUUUUUUUUAAUUCUCGUUAACUUGUCAGAAUUUUUUUAUUUUUCUAUAUUCCUCUCGUGCGUGUGUUCUUAUUUUAUUUGUCUGACGAAGGUAAGAGCUUUCAAGUGUCAUCGGGGACGAACCCUACCUCUAAUAAAUCCCAGGUCAUGUUACUGUAAGCAGGACAGAGCACGUGUAUGUAUGUGGGCAAGGCGCAAUGAACAGAGCGGUCAGAUACUUUUGUGAUUCCGGUGGAUGAUGAGCCUGAACGGAGAACCUCUGCCUGGACUUUACUGGCAGAGGUUUAUGGACUCCUCCUGCUCUCCGUCUCUCUGAACGGAGGCUUCAGGCACCUGUCACCACCUUUAGCACCUGCAGUCUAUCUCUUCUUCUGUGCAAAAUAUCUCCAUGGGACCGCCGACGUCCACCUGUGUAUAAACCUUUAAGAAUGUCUCUUAUUCAUUUGAACAUGUUCUGAAUGCAGACGGUGGUUCACGUUUAAGCCUUACUUUUUCCUGAAGGCCUCACAAAGAGGGAACCCAGUUUGAACAAGUUGCACACUGGUGGGCUGUGGGGAGAACCCUGUUCUGUAAAUGCAUACACGGUACUGGCACAUGAUGUUGUGUAUAGUUAUGUAAAUUUGUCUCAUUGCCACUGUAUGAGUCUGUGGUAUAUUAAACUAGCACAGUUCUGUGCAUUUUUGUAGGUGAGAUGUGCUGUUUGAGAAAUUUAAACAAAUGUUGUAAUAAAACUACAGAAAUAUAA